GGGUCAGUAGCGUCAGGCUCCCAUGGCGUCACUAUUGACGUCUCGCAUUCCAGCCGCUGUAUGAAGAGGCCUCUACGGCUCCUCUCGCAUAAAUGACGCGCGGCGUGGAGGGAGAGGGAGAGCAAGCGCGCACUCAGGAGCCUCCUUCAGUUACAACCGACAGGGACGGGGACAGGCUCUGAGCGCGCCGCAGCUAGCCGGCCGGCCUAUAUAAACAAAGACACAUUGCUUUGGCUUGGACUCCUUACUCAGUCCCAACUCUCACAGCAGCGACACGCGGGAGACGCGGCUUCGCUUCGCUCCUGCUAUAUCCCGGCUCUCCCCCGCCCCUUCCAACCAUCCAAUGCCUCAGGACAGCGCAUCCCCCCGGACUGAAGCCACAUCGGAGCCUUGGGCUUUCAUCUCUGCUACGCCUCAGGACAGCGGCAACCUGCUGAGGUUUUCAGGGAAAUAAAGCGUUGGACACACUACAUGUAAAGACGGAACCGCCACAGCAACCGAAGCACAGGUCGGAAGAGCCCCCUCUUGUGAGGCCCGUCGCAGAGGAGGGAUCGCCCUCGCCUCAGCUUGCCCCAGUGACAGCUGCUACCGUCCAGCCAGCCGCCCCCACCAUUCAGCGAACAAGCCACCCUCCAGAUAUGCCCUGUGCACAAGCCCAGUACAGCCCUUCGCCCCCUGGCUCAAGUUAUGCAGCUCAGACCUUCACCUAUGGCUCAGAGUACAAUCCUGAGAUCAUGAACCCGGAUUAUGCCAAGCUUACCAUGGAGCUGAGCAGUGCUGAGAUCAGUGCGGCUGCCACCACCUCUCUGCCCAGCUUCAGCACUUUUAUGGAGGGCUAUGCUGGGAAUUAUGAGCUCAAGCCCUCCUGCUUAUACCAAAUGCAGUCUGCCACCUCUUCUUCCUCACCUUCCUCUUCUACAAGCCAGAGGCCCCUCAUCAAGAUGGAAGACAAUCGGAUGCACAGUUAUCACCCUUCACUGUCUCCCUCUGCUGAUGAAGGCAUGGCUUUGAACACUUCCAUGUACUUCAAGCAGUCCCCACCCUCCACACCCACCACCCCUGGAUUUCCUCCCCACCAGGCCCCCUGGGAUGAACCGUCACCCCACCCACUUCCACCAGCACAGACCUGCAUGGCCCCCAGACACCUGAUGAACACUGUCCCUAUGAAAACUGUGCCUGGCCGCUUCCCACUUUUCCAUUUCAAACAUUCACCACCCCACACACCGUCUGCCAGUGCCCACAUGUGCUACGAUACCACUGCCUUGAGCCUACCCAUAGGAUCGGAAAGACCCACCGCUAGCCAGGCUGCUAUGGAAAACCAUCCAUAUGGGCUUCCGUUGUCCAAGAGAGCAGCUGCCUUAGCCUUCUCACCACUGGGCCUCAAUGCUGCCACUUCCAGUCUUUUGGGUGAGAGCAGUGGUAGCAGCAGUGGUCUUCCCUCUCCACCCAGCAGAAGUUCAUCAUCAGGAGAGGGCACUUGCGCUGUAUGUGGGGACAAUGCUGCCUGUCAGCACUAUGGAGUUCGGACAUGUGAGGGUUGCAAAGGCUUUUUCAAGAGGACAGUUCAGAAAAAUGCAAAAUAUGUUUGCUUGGCUAACAAAAAUUGCCCAGUGGAUAAGCGCCGUCGAAACAGAUGUCAAUACUGCCGAUUUCAGAAGUGUCUCAGUGUCGGCAUGGUAAAAGAAGUUGUCCGUACUGACAGUUUGAAAGGGAGAAGAGGCCGGCUGCCUUCCAAACCAAAGAGCCCUUUACAGCAAGAACUUUCCCAGCCCUCCCCACCUUCUCCUCCAGUCAGUAUGAUGAGUGCUCUUGUGCAAGCUUUAUCCGAUUCUGCACCCAGAGAGCUUGAUUAUUCCAGAUACUGUUCCACCGAGCAGACUUCUACAGGUACAGAUGCAGAACAUGUACAACAGUUCUAUAAUCUCCUCACUGCCUCCAUUGACAUAUCCAGGGGCUGGGCAGAAAAAAUCCCAGGAUUUACAGACCUCCCAAAGGAAGAUCAAACUCUACUGAUAGAAUCAGCCUUUUUGGAGCUUUUUGUAUUGAGACUGUCCAUCAGGUCUGAUACUGCUGAAGAUAAAUUUGUUUUCUGCAAUGGACUUGUACUUCAUAGACUUCAGUGCCUUCGUGGAUUUGGGGAGUGGCUUGACUCAAUUAAAGACUUUUCCUUAAAUUUACAGAGCCUCAGCCUUGACAUCCCAGCCUUAGCAUGCUUAUCAGCUCUAAGUAUGAUUACAGAACGACAUGGCUUAAAAGAACCAAAGAAAGUGCAUGAGCUAUGCAACAAGAUCAUGAGCAGUUUUAAAGAUCACCUAGCCUUCAGCUGCCAAAGCAAAGGACAACCUUUUGAGCCAGUGGAGUCAAAGGUACUAGGGGUCCUUGCUGACUUGCGUUCCCUCUGCACACUAGGACUGCAGCGGAUCUUUUACCUGAAAUUGGAAGAUUUGGUGCCUCCCCCUUCCAUUAUUGACAAACUGUUUCUGGACACCUUACCAUUCUGAGGUUGAAAUUACCCUCAUGAAAGGCACUGUCUACCAGAGCACGUGAAAAAGACUGAAACGUACUGCUAAGAAUGCUGCUCUCAUUUAACUGGGGAGGGAGGAGCAGUUCCAGCCCUAAGCAUUGGACUUUUCCUAAUGGAUUUCCUUGCAAACUGCCUAAAACAGAACUACAGUUUUGGAAAUAGGAAAUUGGAGGGAGGGAGCGUUGAGUGCAGUUCUUGUUUUGAUUUUUAAUCACUAAUAUGGCACUUUUGGACGAUGCUACCCCAGCAGGAAAAAUACUCUAAUGAAUAGCACCUCCUCUUCGGUGCUGAGCAGAAAAUUGUAGAUGCUGUGUUUGAAAAUAAUAGUGUUUGAUAACUGUAACAAUGACGAAUUGUUCAUCCAGGUAGUAUGUAUUUUAUAGUUUAUAACUUUAGCAUACUUCCUGUACCAAGGGCACAUUAUCCUGGCACAAAUGAAGCUUCUGUUUUUUUCUAAUGUUGAUUCAUGUUUCGUAUAAAUCAGAUACAGCAAAAUGACAAUGGCUGUUAACUCCCAUGGUCAAGUGCAAUUUUUAAAGUGCUGUCUUACUAAGUCUUAUUCGUUAAUUAUAAUUUAUUUUAAUAUAAAAAAUAAAAUGAAAGAAACAAAGGUGAGGAAAAAGUUUUACAUGCACUAACUUCCAUGACAAAGUUUCCCAAACUUUGGAUCCAUGUAACAUGACUUAUUAAUAUGCCUGGGGGGGGGGAGCAAGGCACAGGCAAUUUGUGAUGAGGCCACAUUCUUAUUAAGUAAAUAACAAUGCAUAGUUACUGAAAGGGUCGGCACCAGGCAUAGUUAAAGUCUAGAACUGAAUUUAGCAAAUUGCUUAGUAAAUGGAUACAAGACAGUUUGGAAGAACAUGUCUUGUAAAAAAUAGUCUGAAUGUAAAUGCUAGGAAGGGUUUAGUAGGCUGCAUUUUAAACAUUCCAUGUAUGUACUUCCUUUUUUUUGGUAUGUUUAUACUGUUGAUGCCAUAUUAAUAUGAAACUAUUUGUUGCAUAGUGUCUUUAUUUGUAUAAAUAUUUGCAUGCAAUAAUAUAUUGUAAAGCUUUGCCUGUAUUUAUUGCAAUGACUGCCAGUUCAUGGGAGCUGUGUUACACAGAUUAACUAAAUAGUAUGUUCACACGGACUCAGUUAUAUAAUGAGUGUGGAUGGUCUUACACACAUAUAUGCGUGCAUUUCUAUUAACCAACUGUAUAUAAAAUUUGUCCUUCCACAAGUAAAACUUAC